GUGGUAAAUUUAUCAACAAUUACUCCAAAUAAAUUUUAUUUUAAUUGAUAAAUAGAAAAGAAAAUAAUUAAUUAUGAAUGAAAUCAAAGAUAAAAUUAUUUUUAAUUACAAUCUUAGUGAAUUUAAUUUUGUAAUCAAUGAGACCGACGAUAAAUCCGAGUUUGAUAAAUUAUUAAUUAAGAAAUGGGAGUACGCGCAAAAUAAUAAUAUAUUGCGAUAUAAAUUAUCAAUUAAAAAAUAUAAAAUUUUAGAAGGAAAAUAUAAAUUUUUAAUGCAGCUUAAUUUAGAUCGAGCACAAAAUCGCCGGACUCCAGAAAAUAUAACGUCACUAAAAGCUCAAUUUGAUCCUAAUCGUUUUAAUUUCACAAAAAUACGAGAUGAAGAAAUUUUAUUUGACUUAUCAGAUGGUGAUGGAAAUAAUGUAAUUGCUGUUAAUGUCAGUCCUAUUGAAUAUGGACACUGUUUAUUUUUAUCAGACCGUUUAAAAUGUUUGCCUCAAGUUGUAACAAAAUCAAGCCUUAGACAAAUUAUUGAAUUAUUCUUACUCAGUAGAUCUCCAUAUUUACGAGCAGUAUUUAAUGGAUUGUGUGCAUAUGCAUCAGUAAAUCAUCUUCAUUGGCAUAUUUAUUAUUUAAAACACAAAAUGUUACUCGAAGAAAUCAAACUAGAAAGUCUUACUGAACACGUUUAUAUUUUAAAAGACUAUCCAGCCCGUGGAUUUUGUAUUAAAUUAUCAUCAUUCUCAAAUAAUCUAGAUGAUUUUGUAUCAAAAGUAUUUUUGAUCAUAAAUUGGAUGCAAAAUAAUUCUAUAGCUCAUAAUGUAGCGAUAACACGUGCGAGAUCUUUGGAUCGAGAUCAAAAUGGAAAAAUUUAUGACGAUGUCCGUGUUUACAUUUGGGCAAGAAAAAUGGCUACGGGAAUUAAAGAUACUAGUGGAUUUAUCCCUGCAGUUUGUGAAUUAUUUGGACAUUUGUCUAUAAGAACCGAAGAAGCGUACGAAAGUUUAACAGAAGACCAAGUUAUCAAAUGUCUAGAAGACGCGAUUUGUCCAUUUGAUUUUGUCUGUAGUAAAUUAAAGGAAUUAUUAAUAAAUUAAAAUCUUAGUACAUGUAUUAUUAUUUUUAAUUAUUUUAAUUUAAUUUAAAAUUAAAAUCAUUUGAUCAAUUCAAAAAUAUACAUAAAUGUUUUUUUUAUUAAAUUUAAUUUCCGUCAAAAAAGAUAGAAA